CAAGUCACCCUCCUCUCCCUUUCUUUCUCUCUCACAUAACACUGUUUAUCGAUGAUGCUCUGAACUCUUUAUCUAUAUAUGCCUCUCUGAUGCCGAUGGGUGCCUCCAGUUUUCCGGCAAGCUUCAAACUUCCCUUCGCCGGCCCCGAUUUUGAUCACUUUUCCGGUAUGAAUCGUUUGCGACACCCCCUUUGUUGAUUUAGAAAUGCUAGAUCUAUUCGUCGCAUCACACGUUCGAUCCAAAACCUGGUUCCACAAGAGGAAAAAAAACCACCGACUUCGUUCCCAUAAACCCUAGUGCUAUUUCCCUCCCAAUUUCGUAACACUGAUUGUAAUUUGCAAAUUGUACAGCUAGAAUUUUGUUUCUUUUCUUUGUUUAAUUUUUUGUUUUUUUUUUUGUAUUUCCUUUAUUUUACAAUUCUCUUUGCUGGGUUUGCAAAGUUUGUACAGUUAGGGUUGUAGAUGGUGAGGAUCGGAGGGUGUUUUUGAAGGAAUUAUCAGAUUUUGAUUCUGGGUUUUUGUUGGGGUGGUAGAGAACAAGGAUUUGAAAAACAGGAUUUUUGUUUUUUGGAGUGCCUAUGACUGAUUGACGGUAAUUGCGACCGCACUCGGUCACAUUUGUCUGCAAUUUUCCUUAAUAUCAAGGAAUAGGAUAAAACUGUGAUCGCAAUUUAAAACUUUGUUGGAGAAAGUGGGGGAAAUGAGCAUGAGUGUGGCAGAAGAUGAAUCUAGUGAAGAGGUUCAUGUUCCAGGUGAGAUUGAUUGGCAAAUGCUUGAUAAAUCCAAGUUUUUCUUCCUUGGUGCUGCUCUUUUCUCUGGGGUUUCUGCAGCUCUUUACCCGGUUGUUGUGUUGAAGACUAGGCAGCAAGUGGCUCAGUCCAAAGUUUCUUGCAUCAACACUGCAUUUUCAUUGAUUAGGGGUGAGGGUUUUAGAGCAUUGUACCGCGGGUUUGGGACUUCUUUGAUGGGCACAAUCCCUGCUAGGGCUCUUUACAUGGCUGCAUUAGAGGUUACGAAGAGCAAUGUGGGCACUGCCACUGUUAGGUUUGGUCUUGCUGAACCAACUGCUGCUGCAGUUGCCAAUGCAGCUGCUGGCUUGAGUGCAGCCAUGGCAGCUCAGCUUGUGUGGACCCCUGUUGAUGUUGUGAGCCAGAGGUUGAUGGUUCAAGGUGUUUCUGAUUCCGGAAAUCCCAAGGCUUCGGCUCUUCGGUACAUCAACGGGAUUGAUGCCUUCAGGAAGAUCUUGAGCAGUGAUGGCCUUAGGGGCUUGUAUAGGGGUUUUGGGAUCUCAAUUUUGACCUAUGCCCCUUCUAAUGCAGUUUGGUGGGCUUCAUAUUCUGUUGCACAAAGGAUGGUUUGGGGUGGAGUUGGGUACUACUUGUGCAAGGGAAAUGAUAGUGCAGCUAAUAGUGCAUUGAAGCCUGAUACAAAGACUGUGAUGGCAGUUCAGGGAGUCAGUGCAGCAGUGGCUGGUGGCAUGUCUGCUUUGAUCACCAUGCCACUGGAUACCAUCAAGACAAGACUGCAAGUCCUGGAUGGCAAUGAGAACGGCCGUCGCGGACCGACAGCCAUGCAGACAGUAAGGAGUCUGGUUAGGGAAGGUGGCUGGAUGGCUUGUUAUAGAGGAUUGGGACCUAGAUGGGCUUCAAUGUCAAUGUCUGCAACAACAAUGAUCACAACUUAUGAGUUCCUCAAACGGCUCUCCGCGAAGAAUCAAGAGGUUUUGACAUGAUGAAGGGACAGGUUUAUGACAGCAAAAGAAAAAAAGGAUAAACAAAGAGAAGAGAGGAGGUUCUUCUUUGCCUGUUUUUCUGUUCUUAUCUUUUCUCCACUUGUCAAUGUUGUUUCUUCACUUUUGGCUUGCCACAAUGACUGUUUGAUCAAUGUAAGUCAUUGCAGGUUAUUACAUAAAUAAAAAUUUACUUCUAACA